UAACCUUAGGGGACGAGAGGAAUUCAACUACUUGUUAAACAUGUUGUCAAAGAAGGCGACAUCUUUCUGAUUUAAGACGCGAUUCAAAAGUCGUCACUGGGGCGUAAGGGGUCUUAUUGGCUGGGAGACGCCACGCCCACUCCCAGCCGUCAACUGUCUUUCCACGCGUUUUCUGAAGUGAGACUAGAGGGGGAGGGGAAAGAGAUAAAGAAAGGUCUAUUGAAAACAGGAGACCAGCGAGUAACAACAAACGUCUGUUGUAAAAUCAAUAGGUACUGUCCUGGCGCAAUACACGCUGUUGACGGAAAUUCUUUUUGUUGAAACAUUUAUUAGUCUGUUUGAAACGCUACGCUGCAGGCUUGUUUGGAUUUAAACCUCACAUGUGGUUGUUAAUGUACUCAGUGGAGACAGCUUUGAUUACCAGUUUGCUUUUACUUUUGUCUUUUGUAAAUCUGCAGCCUUGAUCACACAUUCGAAUAAACUGCAGUAGUACCUCUAGGCGUGCAGUAACACUGGCAAGGUGCUCGCAAGUGAACGUUUUCAAACGCUUCGUCAGCUCGCUUUUCGAUUUCUUUUUAUUCAAACAAGGAAGUGCUACAGUUUUUUUUUUUUCAGAUUUGGGCCUUCACGUUUCAUUUUACUUCAAAAUCGUUUAUGUGAAACUCGUCUGAGUUUUUCUGUUUUUUAUUCUCAUGCAUUUUUCUGGCUUUCUUUUAUUCACGAAUUGACUUUUCACCCCUCCUCACUAAGGAAUCGACAACUUGAAGCAAUGAUUCCCGGGUAUGCUCAGCAAAGUAAUGUGUUCCCACCUCCAGUCAGCUUAGCAGAAGAGGCGCACGUUUCGAGCUUUCAGAAGUACAAGGAGCUUUACACGAAAUCGGUGGAGAAUCCUGAAGAGUUCUGGAAUGACACCAUCAAAGAAUUCUUUUGGAAGACUAAACACACAGGGAAGUUUUUGGACUACAACUUUGAUGUCACAAAAGGAGAUAUUUUCAUUAAAUGCAUGGAAGGUGCUUCAACAAACAUCUGCUACAAUUUACUGGAUAGAAAUAUCCAUGAGAACAAACUUGGAGACAAGGUUGCUUUUUUCUGGGAAGGCAAUGAACCUGGAGACGAGAUGAAGGUAACCUACCAAGAGCUGCUACAGCAAGUGUGCAAAUUUUCCAAUGUUUUGAGAUCUCAAGGUGUGAAAAAAGGUGAUAGAGUGUCUAUCUACAUGCCAAUGAUUGUGGAACUGGUUGUAGCUAUGUUAGCUUGUGCCCGCAUUGGAGCUGUGCAUUCAAUUGUGUUUGCAGGUUUUUCUGCUGAAUCACUUUGUGAACGAAUCUUGGAUUCAAAGUGUUCUCUUUUAAUAUGUGCUGAUGGUUUUUAUAGAGGCGACAAACUUAUUAGUUUAAAGCUGAUUGCUGAUGAAGCACUCCAGAAAUGCAAAGAAAAGGACUUCAGUAUAAAGAAGUGUAUUGUCUUAAAACAUCUUUGUAAAGAGAAAGUCACUGAUGGGGAGCUGUUCGCUUGCUUGAAUUCUCCUCCUGCAAAGAGGCUAUGUCAUGACAUGCAGAUGCCUUGGAAUCCAGAUGUUGAUCUUUGCUGGCACAAGUUGGUAGCGGAUGCACCAGAAGAAUGUGAACCAGAGUGGUGUGACUCUGAAGAUCCUCUCUUUAUUCUAUAUACCAGUGGCUCCACUGGAAAGCCCAAGGGUGUCCUGCACACCAUUGGUGGGUAUCUUCUAUACACUGCUGCUACAUUUAAAUAUGUGUUUGAUUAUCAGCCUGAUGAUGUGUACUGGUGCACUGCCGAUAUUGGCUGGAUUACCGGACAUUCUUAUAUCACUUAUGGCCCUUUGGCUAAUGGUGCAACUAGUGUGUUGUUUGAAGGACUACCUACUUAUCCUGAUGUAAGCAGACUUUGGGAAAUUGUAGACAAGUACAAUGUCACAAAAUUCUACACGGCUCCAACUGCAAUUCGAAUGCUAAUGAAGUUUGGAGAGGAACCUGUUCAGCGGUAUACAAGAAAAUCUUUAAAGAUCCUGGGGACAGUAGGUGAACCCAUCAACCCAGAGGCCUGGAUGUGGUACUACAAUGUAGUGGGUGAAAAACUGUGCCCUGUAGUGGAUACUUUCUGGCAGACUGAAACUGGUGGCCAUGUAAUGACUCCACUUCCUGCUGCAACAACUUUGAAACCAGGUUCAGCGACCUUUCCUUUCUUUGGAGUUAUUCCUGCCAUCCUGAAUGAAUCUGGAGAGGAGUUAGAAGGGGAAGCAGAAGGUUAUCUGGUGUUUAAGCAGCCUUGGCCUGGAGUGAUGAGAACAGUCUAUGGAAAUCAUGAGAGGUUUGAGACCACAUACUUCAAGAAAUUCCCAGGUUAUUAUGUUACUGGAGAUGGAUGCAAGAGAGAUAAAGAUGGUUACUACUGGAUCACAGGGAGAAUUGAUGACAUGCUAAACGUAUCAGGACACUUGCUCAGCACUGCAGAGGUGGAAUCUGCACUGGUUGAACAUGUUACGGUGGCAGAGGCUGCGGUUGUUGGCCGUCCUCAUCCUAUCAAAGGAGAAUGUCUCUACUGUUUUGUUACACUCAAGGAAGGACAUGAAUAUACAAAAGAGUUAGAGGCUGCCCUUAAAAAGCAAGUUCGUGAAAAGAUUGGGCCAAUUGCAACUCCAGAUUACAUACAGAAUGCCCCUGGAUUACCUAAAACACGAUCAGGUAAAAUCAUGCGGCGUGUUUUGCGGAAAAUUGCCAGCAAUGACAAGGACCUGGGUGAUACAUCCACACUUGCUGAACCUAAUGUCGUGGAGCAACUUUUCCAGAACCGCUGUAUCUAAUAUUCCAGCCCAUUGACUUUAUGCUGUCUGAAAAAAAUAACAUUUUGAGGGACUAUAUUUGUAAAAGGAUGUUCUAUUUACUUUGAUCUUUGCAAAGUUGGUAUUUGUUUUUGCAGAAUUAACGAAUGCCAGGUUUGUCUUUAUUAUUGAUUUUCAAAAUAUUUUUAACAUUUUGAGCAACAAAAAAUACUUUAUGUAAUGAAUCUUAACUCCAGCCAUUUUUCCAUAGCAUUUAUGUACAGUGUGUUCAAAUUACAUUUUUGUGGGUGGUGAAAAGGAUAAGUUUGGUAUUUUUAAAGUCAAAGUUAUUUCUUCAGAAACAUAGUAUAUAUGCAUUUGCGAUGCAAAAUCUUGUUCAAAGAUUAUGCCAUUUCUAUAAAUUUAAAAAAAUAUCUUUCCUGCUCUCUCACUUAACAAAGGAAGGUAUGGGGCAAGGAGGUAAAGUUUAAAAACUUACCAAAUAUGUCCAUUUUCCCAGCCAAGACAGUUGUGAAGUUUUGAUGCAUGUCUUGCAAUUACACGCACACAUUGGUAAAUGUUUUAUACAUGUAAUUUUUUAACCCCCCCAAAAAAUACACCAAUAUUAUGAGAUUCAGCCAUUUUAAAAGAAAACUAUCCGUGCAAACUAGUUCAGCACUUAGUCUUCCUGCAAAACAGUCUUUCACCCCAAAAAACGAUACGACUUAAGGGGCUGAGUUUUGAGAACACUUUUUCUUCUGAAUUAAUAAUUGACAUGGUUAAUAUUCCAAUUUAAUAAUUGAUGGCCCCCACUUCUCAUAUUUAUAUUUACACACACAGUGGAUUUAGAAAGUAUCCAUACUCCUUCACUUUCUUUACACUUUGUGUUAUAGAUUUAAUUUUAAAUAAAUAAAUUUUCCAGUUCUGUUUGGAGUCAUGUUGGGUAAGUCUGUAGAAGUGCAGGCAAGAUGCUUUUUAAAUUUCUAGAAAGCAAUUAACUUUAGUAAUAAUAAUAAAAAUAAUAAACUUGGAACAUAAUUUUUCAUGGAAAAUGUUUGUAAAUAAAUAAUUUUAAUUUGAGAAAUGCCAAACUUGACCUUUAAGACACAAUAACGUUUUAUUUGAAACAUGUUUCCAUUUGAAUUUCACAUUGUUGUUAGCGUUACUGUAGCUAUCCAGUUAAAAAAAAAACGGUUGUAAGUGGUUCAAAACCAGUACUUUAAUAUCAGUCUUUGGUGAAGUUCAUGGUCUGAAGACCAAGACAUUUUUUAAAAGUAAUGAUUGCCUUCAUAAACCUGUUGGGGGGUUUUAAAAUUAAGUGAUCAAUUAAGUCAGAUCAGUUUAUUAUUACCAUUGCACUGUUCUCAUUUCAAUGAACAUUUUUCAAAUAUUAUACAUUUACAUAAAACACAAAGUACCUUGCAAAAUGAACAGAUAUACUGUAUUUCUGUUCAUACUCUUCUGAAAUUCUUGGUGUUUCUCAGGUUUUUUGAAGCGAAUGACUGUGACAGUGUGCAUAAAUGAUAAUGUUAUAUGCUACAAAAUAAGCUAAGGCCUUUUGCAAAGGAACAAAAAGACAGUUUGAUUGUGGGGAUCAUGCUCCUUGAGGAAAAUGUAAAGUUUUUAAUUUAAUAAACAGCUUUUAAUUGCCUUGCUUUUUAAGAUUCCAAAAGCUAAAUUGCUUGUUUCUCUCAACCAGCUGAAAUGAAAAUUGUUUCCAGGUAAAGGAGAUGUGUAAUAUUAAAAAAGGUCAAAUGUGUCAGACUAAGAACACUGCCAAGCUUUAUACUUAAGUAACAUGUAUUAGUAACAGAAAUAGAGUUUUUAAUUAUAAAAUUCUUUUAAAACCUCUGUUGUACAUACAGUAUGCCAUGGUGCAUGGUAUUAUCCAGUGGAUCUGUCACUUGGUGAUGCCCGUCUUCUUUGAAGUCCUGUUUCAGUGACAGAAGUGAUCAGUUGGUCAAAGCAGCACCGACCCUUAGAAGACAGAGAAAAAAACAGAGCAAGAUAGUCAUGUUGAUUGCCACCAUUGUAAUCAAAGCAUAAAAAGUGAACACCCAAUAAUACAAUAUUUUAGAGUACAGUAGACCAACGGGGGUUCUCAUAUAUUGGCAAGCAGAUCAUUGUAGAGUUAGUAGGCUCUGUAACUAAAGGAAACUGAAUCACCUAAACAGCCUUACAGAGAAGCACUGCAAUAAUAAAUCAUGCCUAAGGUAAAUGAUAGAACAGAAUGGGAUGCUUUUAUACCGAUGAACAUCCCAAUGUUCCACUGGUAAUGUAAGAAACUUUUAUUUAACUUGUAAAACACAAAGCCACAUUAAAAACAGGUUUUGUUAAGAUAAAAAUUGUUCUCUAUUAACAUAUUCAAAUUUGGUCAACAGACUGCCGUCCAUUAACUCCUAAGCCAUUAAAGCACUCCAUGCCACUGGUAAAACUACUAACUGUCCCCUUCAUCUGCCACCCUGGGUAAUUAUGCCAUGGCUUACAUCUGCUGUGCUGUUUCUGUGUGUAUGUUCUCACUUAACCUACUAACUAAAGUCAUAGAAAUUGUAAAAUGAAAAGAAAGUCCAUGGCAGUUUGUUUAAGUUUAAGAAAGUAAUGAAUUAUUUCACUGCCAUCUAUUGAAAAUCAUGCUUGAAACUGAACAAGCCAUAUAUUUAGCAGCAGUUUAUUAAAGUUGUAAACCUGAGAAAAAUGGCAAGGCUAUCAUUUUUUGUGUGUUUACAUAUUUUUAGUGUGAUGGUAGUUUGAAGUCGUCUGUUGUAAAGAUUUAGCUACUUGUUAAGGCUCAUGGAGCCCGACUCUCACAGCUGCGCAGUCUUGCUGCUUAGGCACUUGAAAUAAAUGAGGGUCAGUAAGGAUGGAUGGAUGGAUUUUUUUUUCUUAAUUUUGUUUUUUGUUUUUUUUUAAGUUUUAUAAAACAUCAAGAAAGACUUUAACCUUUUUGCACUCAUUUGUCAGGUUCUCUUGUUAUCCUUUACACUGCACCACACUCCAUAUACAGCCUUUUGACAGCUAGCUUGUGCUCUCAGCAGUGAUGAAUUUAACUCGACUCACCAAAUACUUUGACCUCAGGCAAGUUUCAUUUACUAAACUGUUCUGCCUUACAAUGGGAGCGGUUCAGAGUAGAACAGUUAUUCAGGUGGAGGAAAACUUCAGAACCAUUUUGGUUCAUACAAAAGCCAUAUUUGUCACUAUGGUAGUAGCUGGAGGGGAAAAUACAAACUGUAAUAUUUACAUUCUUCUCCUUCUAGGUAUAUGCAUACGACUUGUAUAUCAGCUAGAUGUGUAAUCUUGCUUGACAUUGUAGGUCACUGGCCAUUUAAACAAUCCCAAGUUUGCCUCAAAAAGCCAGUUAUCAGUAUCUGAGAAAAGUUUAUUUCUGGUGAUUUUAGCUUUGCUUUAUUAAGGUUAAUUAUCUGAGACUGCUUUCAUGGUGAAGAAAGGACAAGUUUUAUGACUGCUCAUUAUAAAGAAAUCAAAACCUAGAACAUGCAAAUCUUUUUCUUUUUAAAUAAUAGUAUUCCAAAAAUGCACCCAUAUGUUAAACCUUUGUAAUCCGUUUUUAUGGUUGAGAUCGAGAGCUGAUCUCGGCAACAUUGGGCACAAGGUGGGAAUAAUCCCUGGAUAUAUUACCAGUCUGUUUCGGGGCAUACAUACAUACAGGCCACUCGAUCACACAUUACUGAUUUAGAACCACAAUUCAACUAAACGCACAAAUGCUUUGGCUGUACAAAGAAAACCACUAAAUCCCAAGCAAAUAUAGGGAGGAAAUGAAAUAAAUUAAAAGUGCCAACCACUCUGCUGCCUCUACAGGAUGAUAUACUGUAUUUUACCUGUGCAUUUUCAAUUUGUAAAGAGAAAAGCAAAUGCUAGCCAUGUCUUGACAUAAAAGAUAAUUUGGCAGCCCACAAGGUUAUAUUUUCAGUAGAUUGACAUCUGAAUGUUUUGGAGUUUAAGAAUCGUCAAGAAGUGGAAAACCUCCUGUGCACCGUACAUGCUGUUAAUGUGUGUGUGAACGUGUCCUGUCAUUUUCCAGCCAAGUUAAUCCAGACCAGGGUCGCAGGCUUGCUGCAGCCUUUCCCAGCUAGCAUGGAGUUCAAGGACGUGUAAGAUAUAAAAAGGAGCAGUUUUCACCUGUGAUCCACAAUGGAGGUGCUUCAAAACGAACCUAGACAGUUGUUGUAUACUCCAAGGAUUGAAUUUGUUGAAAUUGCUGCUGUUUUUUCCAUAAAUUAUAAUCUUGAUAUAUACAGAGUUGUAAGAGUUUUUUUUUUAAUAUUUAAUCAUUUCAUGUUAGAAGUACUUUACAUUUUCAGUAAAAAAUAAUGUUUUAUAUGCCAUUCCAGUUGUAAUAAAAAUAAAAUAAGUAAGUCGAGAUGAGUGAUUCCCAUAGUUGGCUGGAAAGUAGCAAUGUUGUUGAGAAGUGUAGUAACAGCUGGAGAAAGGACAUCUUCCCCUUGAGUGAGAUAUCUCAGUUAGAUUAAAUAGAGAAUGGGAACGGGGUGAAUAUUUUAGUAAGAAAGCAAUGAAGUUGUCAUUUUAAAACUGUGACCAUCAAUCAAGAUGGAAUUCUGUUGAUUAAUGGUGGAAGUACUAGGACUCAAUACAAUGCAAUUACCAAAGCUUUGUAACUGUAAGAUCUGUUACUUUAAAGUUUGGGUGGGGCAGGUUAAAUGUUAUAUUUUUGGUUGAUAUUUAUGUAGUUUUUUUUUUUUUAAUGUUUGCCAUUUGUUUAUAAAGGGGUCAGUUUUGUAAAUUGUAGAUUUUCAUUGAAGAUUUUUUCUGAAAAAAUAUAGUGUGGUCAGAUGCAUUGUUUAAAAGCAAAUGAAUGAACAAACCUGGAUGGUUAAUCCUUCAUUUUAUACAUACUGAUGACGGAAAAAUAUCAGAAUAUUUUACAGACCUGUUUUCAUGAGGUAGUCCCUGGUCACUUGGCUGUUUCACUCGUUUUCUUCUACUGCCCUCCUUCCACUUGGUGUCCGCUAAUUCCAUGCAGCAAUUUGUUUAGUUGGCUGCAUACCUUAAGCUACGUUUCUAUUCAAGAAAUGCCUUGAGAAAUGAGAUGACCAAACCUCAAGAAAUUUUAGAAACUUAAAUUGUGUUUUUACGAAAGAAUCUAGCACACAGGAGAGAGCCUAGGUUCACUUCAGAAUAGGUAUUACCUCUCAAUGUAAUUUGUUAACGAACAUAACCUGACAUUUAGUGCUUUCAAAUGAAUCAAUGAAUCAAACUCGAUUUUAAACUACUGAUCUGUGCCACAUUUUCCUUCGCUCUUUGUCUGAUUGCUAUUACACUAAGCUCUAAAGCACCCCAAAUGUAUAUUCAUUUGAGUGAAAUAAGACGUUUUAGAUGGAAAAGUGGAUUCAGUAGUCAAUGUCGGUUUAUAUUUUCCUUUUUUCCCCACAUGUCCACUUUAAAAGUGUGCAGCUGAAAUUCACAUUGAAAGACAAAGCUGAGGAGUGACUUUUCAAAACACAAGAUGAACCUUAUUUAUUCUAUUAGGUGUUACUUGGCCAGAUUAUCUCACAGUCGUGUUCAUACAAUGCAAUAAUUGUGCAAUAGAGUUAUUCCUUUCAAAAUGAUACCAAUCGUGCAGCUUAAGUGAAUAGUUAUAUUUUAGACAAUUUUUAUAAAAGACCACAUGUUUUGCUUCUGAAGCGUCGUCCUUUUUGCCUUGUGGUGGAAAAUGUCUGAUUCCUCAGCAGUAUGUGAGAAUAUCCAGAUAGGACAUAUAUGUGGGUUUACAGUGGCAGCUAUUUCUCUGCUAACUGGGUGCCAAUAAAGGAAGAGAAGAUUGUUGACAAUUCUUGUACUUGUGGGGUACUUCAGUUAUGUUUUCACAUGAAUCCACACAACUUAGUUUUACCACAGAAUAUGUAUGUAUGUCUGUAUACUGCAAACUUGCGAGAAUUAAAGGUGUUUUAAAUUUAAGAAUGCAUAUUGUCAGCUCUUAACAUUGUGUUGAAUGCACUUUGGUUUUUCUUUUCUAAAUCCCACUAUCAAGCUACAGUUAAUGAAUUUUGGAUACUUGUCAGCUGCACUGCUUAAUAGGUGGCAUUAAUACGUCUUUACUGUUUUUAGUAACAAUACUAUGAUGAAGUCACAUGUUUUUGAGAUACACUAGAAAAUAAAAAAAAUAUUGUAUGUCCUCCAGCUAUGGAUUGUAUGUCUCAUUAGCUAAUAUUUGAUUUCUGAAUUACUGUUAAUCAUAAUCCACAUUAUAUUUUUUUCUUUUUUGUAGAUGUAUACAGAUAUUUUAGAAACAUAUCUUAUCCCAAGGAGACCAUUACUCUGUUUAAAUGUGUCUGUUCUAUUUGUGAAUUUAUUUUUUUAUAGCUUACUCCUUUUUCUAUGGUUUAAAAUAAAUUCUGCAACUCUAA